GGCAUUGUUGAGGCGUUCACAUGAUUGCUGUUAAUCAGGGCUACUCAGACAGGUUUUUCAACCCUAAUCUGCCAUCUAUCAUCAUCACCAUUGUCCUGGGCACAACAAGUAGGAGUGGAGCCUGAACGAGAGACCAUGAAGUCUGUGAAUACCAGAACACUAUGGAGGGCUGCUGUUGUGUGUGUGAUCAUCUUGGCGAUAUUAUAUAUUAUGACAUUCCAUAACUGUUCCGGAAAGCUAAGACAAGAGGUUCCUACCACACAAACAAGGUUGGCGGGUGACUCGCCCCAGAGACCUCUUCCCCCACCUGGUCCAUGCACCUGUGCUGACGGCGCGGAGAUGCUCAAAGAUCACAUCCCCAAGGAUCAGUACGAGAAGCUGGUCCAACGGCGAGCUAAGGAGCUCCAACAACACAAAGCCAGGACUACAUCUGUUUUAUCCAGACUGCUGAUUGCUUUGCCAAACUCUCCUCUGCAGUAUCCUAUCCAGGGUUUUACAGUGCGACCUUUAAUCCCCACUCCCAUACCAGGUUUAGCACUGCAUGCAGGACAAAGAAGCAGCUACAAGGUGUCCUUGAAUGUGUCCAAAGGGGUCCUGACCACGCAGAUUCAAGCUGAAGAUGUGAAGGUCCAAGGUGGCGGUGGGACCAGACUGGUAAUGGAGUCUAGCAGCCUGGUGAUCCUCAACGAAGCGCUGGCUAAGGUGUCCUAUACCAGCACCGUCUACCACAUACACACUGGAGACCUCGCAUCCUUCCAGUUUGAAAACCACCAGGCUGUGUUUCCCAUCACCAUCAAACAGCCUCAGGUGCCGGUGCUGCACGACAUGGGGACAGAUAUCAGCUCUCACGUCUCCAUCGCCACAAAGACAUUUCUGCGCUACCCACAACUCAAGGUGAUGUUGAGCAGCCUCCGGCGUUUCUAUAGCAACAUAGAAGUCAUCAUUGCAGAUGACAGCUUUGAACCAGAGAAUAUUACUGGAGAACACAUCCGGCAGUACUUCAUGGCCUCCAGUCAGGGCUGGUUUGCUGGCCGGAAUCUGGCCGUCUCCCAGGUAACCACCAAGUACUUCCUGUGGGUGGACGACGACUUUUUGUUCACGGAGAACACAAAGAUAGAGAAGCUGGUGGAGGUGAUGGAGGCGGUCCCAGAACUGGACGUGCUAGGUGGGACAGUACAAGGGAACCAGUUUUAUUUCUCUCUCCUCUAUGAGGAAGGAGAGGAACUGGAAGGCGGCUGCCUGCACAGGAAGUCUCAAGACAAGUUCCAAUCGCUUCCUGGUUACCCAAAAUGCUUUCUGGCCAGCGGGGUGGUCAACUUCUUCCUGGCUCGUACAGAUGCCGUCCAGAGGGUGGGAUUUGACCCUCAGCUCCAAAGGGUAGCGCACUCAGAGUUCUUCAUGGACGGCCUGGGCUCGUUGCUGGUCGCCACGUGUGACCAUGUGUCCAUCGACCAUCAGCCCAAAACAGGCCACACGGACAACGCUCGCUACGGCAGUUUCAGGAACCCUGGAAGGAGCGACGUGGACUUCAAACUGCAGCUUCACUUUUUCAAAAACCACCUGAAGUGUGUCAAAUAUGGAUAGAAAACUACAUAAACUACAUUGGGUUACAUAUUUCCCGGAAGUUGGUCAAAUCAAUAGUUUGAUCCGUUCUGAUUCUGGAAUCUCCCUAUUUAUGAAUCUCCUUACAAUGCCCCCCCCCCCAAGGAUAGGCAGAUACUCUUUUAACACCAAUGAACCAGAGAGUUGCUGCUUACAGUUAAAUGCAGGGCUUGUAUAAAUGAAUUUAAGUUAAGUUUUUAAUUUUAUUCUCUCUUUAUCGUCCAACAUGUAUUUCAUUUUAUAUCUUUGUUUUUCCUUGUUUGUGUGUACUAUCCUUGGGUGUUUUAUAAAAUAUUCUCUCAUAUGAAGAUAUAUUGAAAAUGUUUGCAUGGAUUGCUCUUUGUAUAGUUAGUCUGAAUCCCAGCUGUUUACAAAUGUGAGUAUCAGUGUUAAAGGAGCAUUCCG